GCGCAGGCGCGGCUAAGACGGGGAAGCGUGCGUCCCUUCCCUUCGACGUCCCGUGGGCCUCGCGGCGCUCCGUAGUUAGAGCGGUGGCGGCUUCCUAGCGUGCGCGCGCACGUCGCCCGUCCGCGGAGGGCUGGCGAGAUGGCGGCGCAGAAGAUAAACGAGGCGCUGGAGCACAUCGCUAAGGCGGAGAAGUAUUUGAAAACUGGAUUCUUAAAGUGGAAACCAGAUUAUGACAGUGCAGCUACUGAAUAUGGGAAGGCAGCUGUUGCUUUUAAGAAUGCUAAGCAGUUUGACCAGGCAAGGGAAGCCUGUUUACGGGAAGCUGAGGCACAUGAAAACAAUAAAGCUCUCUUCCAUGCUGCCAAAGCUUAUGAACAAGCUGGCAUGAUGUUAAAGGAGAUGCAGAGACUUCCUGAAGCAGUUCAGCUGAUUGAGAAAGCCAGCAUGAUGUACCUGGAGAAUGGAACACCAGACACAGCAGCUAUUGCACUGGAAAGGGCUGGAAAGUUAAUAGAAAAUGUGAGCCCAGAGAAGGCUGUACAGCUCUAUCAACAGGCAGCAUCAGUGUUUGAAAAUGAAGAGCGUUUACGGCAAGCUUUAGAAAUGCUAGGGAAGGCAUCAAGACUUCUAGUCAGAGGACGCAGAUUAGAUGAGGCUGCAUUGUCUCUGCAGAAGGAAAAAAGUAUUUAUAAGGAAAUUGAAAACUAUCCAACAUGUUAUAAGAAAACUAUUGCUCAAGUCUUGGUUCAUCUUCACAGAAAUGAUUAUGUUGCUGCAGAAAGAUGUGUGAGGGAAAGCUACAGUAUACCAGGAUUUAAUGGAAGUGAAGACUGUGCUGCACUAGAGCAACUUUUAGAAGGGUAUGACCAGCAAGAUCAGGAUCAAGUUUCUGAAGUCUGUAAUUUACCACUCUUCAAAUACAUGGACAAUGAUUAUGCCAAGCUGGGUCUUACUUUGGUGGUCCCAGGAGGUGGAAUCAAGAAGAAAUCGCCAAAUGCUGCGCAAGACAAAGCAAGAGGACCAGCCACAGUGGGCUCUCAUGCUGAGGAGGAAGAGGAUGAAUAUUCUGGUGGACUCUGCUAGUUGCAGACAUAUGUUGUCUUAAAUACCUGACUAGUUUGUGAUGUUGAGCUUAUCCAAAGGUACUAGAUUUAUCAGUACUUUGUUGCAAUCAUGAUAUGGGAAUGCUAAUAUUAACUUGGCAGCUUUUGGGUACAAAACAGGAAAAAAAGCAUGAUUGUACCUAUCAUCUUGAAGCACUUCUGGAUUCCAUUUCUUACCUGGUAGGAGUUUCCUCAGAUCCCCUCCUUCAGUUGAUGGGAAAAAUUAGAGAGAAAUUCUUAUUAAAAGCAUAGUUAGAAAGAAAUCAAAAUUUUGGACAAGAGCACUGGAGUAGGGAGAGGGGAACAAAAUUUAAAAUGCUGAAUUUUGACAGCUGGCACUUCUUAGUCCCUAGAACAUUUUCCUGUGAGUUAAACUUAAGAUUGUUCAUCUUGACAUUUAUUUCCUGUUUAACAUUCUUUAAGGAAGACUGACUGCACCAGAUAGUGCUUAUACCAGUGGAAAAAUCUCCAGUGGAAGCAUUCUGUUUAUUUUGAAACUGAUUUUACCCCACUGUCAAAUAUUAUUUUAACAUCUUAUUUUUUGCAAGAACUAUCCGCAUGAGUCUGGAAAAUACUAAGUCAACUAGUUUGAAGCCAUUUUGCAGGCUUAAAAGUACACACACAGACAUCUUUCAUCCCAAGAACAUUAUUGACUUGAGGUCUGGAAAUAUAUGUUUGCAUAGCGUUUGUAAUGUGUUUCUUGGGACGAAAGGAUUGGACAGCCUUUCUUGUGUUAGUAGUCUUUCCUAAGAAGAGAGAUGCCGUAAUCAUAACAGAAACUGAAAGUAGCAGAUAAUAUACAUUGAAAAUAAAGCUCUGCAGACAAGGUUUAGCAAAAACCUAGAUGAAAUGUUUGUGAAUGUGUUUGAGCUUUAUGAGUGUUUUAGGUGUUCAUUUCUAAUCAAUACUGUGGGCUACAGAGAUAUUUAUUUCUUUUACAUUUUCAAGGCAUAAAACAACUUAUCUUUUAGAAACAGCAUUUUUCAAACUAGCUCAGUUUAUUAAUAAUAACAAAGUUAUAUGAAACACAUACUGUGUAGUCUUCCAGAGUAACCAAAUUUUUAAAUAUCUUCUGCAUUUUAAUUUGAUUUCAAGUUGUCAUGUCUUGUGCAAGCUUCCAUAGCGUCUCAAUUUGUUAAUUUUAUGCCUAAAAAUUGGUGACCGUAGAAGUCGUACCUGCAGUCUGCUUUUCAGAAGAACCUAAUCAAGAUCUGCACUAGAGUGACGGAACUUGGUAUCCAGCUGGGAUAUAUGUUUGAGUGGUGUGUGAUGCUCAGAUUUCAAUAAAAGUAGACCAGAAGCACGAUAUAAGUGUCGAUACAGUUUCUGCUGUGUUAAGGAAUUAGAUGGCUUCAAAAAUGUCAAGCAUGUCUGACAUAAUUCAGAAGAAGGUAAAUUUUUAGAAGGCUUAUAUUAACUUCCUUGCUGUGGAUAAUACUGUUCUUAGUAGCAUUGUGAUGGGUGUGCAAGCUACACUUAAGAUUGUUCUGCAGGGUGAGUUUGAUAACACUGACAGCUGCUUAGAAGUCACAUUAUUAAAUUUCAUGGAUGUUCGAAGAACUUUUUUUUCCUGUGACUUACGUAAUAAUAGGCUUGGAUUGUAAAGCUAUUUGGAACUACAGGUGUAGUUUGUUUGUUAUGGAUGUCGCACUUCCACAAAAUAGCUUAAAUGAAAUUUAGGGGGGUGUGAGUUGUGUGGUGUGUGGGUUGUUUUUUUUUUUUUUUUUUUUUUUUUCUUCCAGAAUGGUUAGGAAUUUACAUGAAAGAUGGUUUUGAAGACCUUCCUGUGACUUUUCUUUUCUCACUAUUGGAGCAGCUCACUCCAGUUUACUCCACUUCUGCCUUCUGGAAUUUUUCAUGAAGGUCAUGAUGCAUUUAUGGGGAACUUUAAACACAAUUUAAAAAAACUUGCACAUUUAGAAACACUGGGAGCACUAAGUAAUUUUCUUCAAGCUUUUCCUGCUGCAGAUGGCAUCAUUUGUACCGCUGAACAUUUCAGAUUCUAAAAUUAAUUUUGUUCAGUAGUCCAAAGAAUUCUUCCUCUUUUCGUGUGCAAUUGCAUAUAUCAGUUGACAACAUACAUAAGGGAAUAAAAGUUGGGAGACUUGUGUCUGUCUGUGAAAAGGACUUGCAGACUUGAUUUAAACAACCCAUAUAACACUAACAAGCUUGUAAACAUUCAAGUUUAUACAUCCAGCUUUUAAACAAAGACUACUUUUCGUGUUGCUAACAAAGAAUUUAGAUAUGUAAGGCUGUCAUCUUCACUCCUGCAGCUUUUUUCUUUUUUCCUGGCUAUCGAACAUCCCUGUGCCAAGUAUGGGAAAUCUAGGAGAAAAAUAAUUUGUAGUAAACACAUUAAGCUGCCAUUGAAUUGAAAGGGGCUUGUCUCAAUCUUAGGAAAAGAAUCUUAAUAUUUGAUUGCAGUGCUGCUUCAAAGACCAAAUCUGCAGAAAUGAAAGUGGCUGAAAAUGAGAUGGUCUAUUUUAUAUAACUUACUCUCUUAUUUUAGGUAAUGAAACUGUAAUAGAAAUGUUAAUUGCCUUUUAGUAAAUGUUUAAGUAUAAACAAAGCUGUCUCUAUAUUAUGUGUUAGUGUUGUUUCUGUCUUUCAAAACAAUUUGCACACUUGUAAAUAUUCAAGUGAUUUAAAGUGAAAAUGUACCAUUUAGAGCAGGAAAAAGUUUUCAAAAACAUUGGUGACUGUAAGAAAAAUAAAAUGAAUUUGUGCAUGAAGACUGAGAUGAUCAAUGUAACAUAUAUGUAAUAUCAGACGAUUUCUAAAUUAUCUCUGACUUAAGACUCAGUAUGCCCAAAUGCAGUAUGAAUUGUUCAAGCAGUGUGAAACCUGUGCUUUUUGUUCCUUUUCCAAAUCUGUGUGGUGUACUAGAGUAUGAAAUGUUUUUGUAACAGCUCUACAGAUGCUGCCUCUGUGAGAAGAGGUUCUGUGUUCCACGAAUAUCAAAAAUAAAACUUGAAACUGA